AUGCGGCUUUAUAAUUAUCUCAGCGGGCUUGCUGUGGCAGCGCUUUGUUCCCAGCAUGCAUCUGCACAGGUUGUUGAUGAAGACUUUACCCAGGAGGAGCCAACGGAAGAUCCAGAUACUUUCUACUCGGAUCUCCAUCCUUGUCCUCGGACCUGUGAUGGAAAAGCUCCUCAAGAUUGGGAUGUAUUCUCCAGCUUCGACCGUGUCAAACUCUGUGAUCAGCCAAUGUUGUUCGACACGGCCAUUUACAACGCCGUCGACGAUUAUGACACCCCAAUCAAGUUACGAAUAUGCACCAAAGGAGAUCCAAAAAGUCACGGCAAUGCUCUUGUUCGUAAAAGAGAGCCAGGGACGGAGAAAUGCAUGGCAGGAGGCCGGAGCACGGUUAAGUUGGAGCUGAGCCGUGGUGGAUCGGACAGGGGCACAAGUCAUUCCGACACCAUCGCUGCUCUUCUUGGACAUUUUUCGGAUUACUUCGAAGACCAGGCCAACUGCCAUGACCAAAUCCUCUUUGGGUAUGCGAACAGCACAGUGGUCGGCCUGUAUGCCGGCGAAGCCUUUGGCAAGGCGACGGUGAAAUCCGUCGUCACGGGCAUUCUAAAUUCGAUAUCGACCCAGGGGCACUCGUCCACAAUGACGGCACAAAUUUGCGGCAACGGACGCAAUUCCCAUCAUACACUUGGUGUAGCGAUCAGCACCGAUGGCGAUUUGGCAGCUGUCCUGACAGCGGUCCGUCUGUGGGACGGUGCGAACUGCACGGCAGCGCCGUCCACUCCCUCCUUGGAUCUCAACCUGACCGCCUGGGAAGUACAAGAUCAUGGAAACGCCACCUUCGAGAAUAACAGCACCACCUGGAGGGACAAUGUCUACCCGCGCGGCGCCAGGCUUGCCGCGCGGGCAGAUUGCUACACUGUGAAGGUCUCGAAAGGCGAUACCUGCAAGUGGCUGGCUUCCCGAUGUGGAAUCACUGAUGCCAGGUUUAUGGAGUACAACCCAGGCGAGAACUUGUGCAAGAACCUAGUUCCAGGCCAGAGGGUCUGCUGCACUUCUGGAACGUUGACUGAUAAAGAGCCAAGUGCGAAUGUAGAUGGAUCUUGCACCACGUAUCUUGUAAAGCCUGGAGACAACUGUCACAAAAUUGCAAGCGACAACGGAAUCACCCUCUUGGCUUUGCUAAUGUACAAUACAGGCCCCAAGAGCACAUGGGGAUGGACUGGGUGUGAGGGUCUGAUGGCCGGUUUGAAUAUUUGCAUCAGUCCAGGCAAACCACCUAUGCCAGCUCCUGUGGCCAAUGCCGUCUGUGGCCCGACCAAGCCCGGGUCUGAACCGCCUCGUGACAACCAGACUCUGGCAGAUCUUAACCCUUGCCCCCUUAACGCAUGUUGCAACAUUUGGGGGCAAUGCGGCAUUUCCGGCGACUUUUGCGUCGAGGAGCGUAGCAAGACGGACAACCCUGGAACGUCCCCCUCGCGUAUGAAUGGUUGCAUCUCCAACUGCGGCAUGGACAUCAUCAGCACCCCCGCAGUAGGCUUUGGCCGUGUCGGAUACUACGAGUCGUGGAACUUUAACCGUUCCUGUCUUCAUCUAAGGGCCAGCAGCGCCAACACGGACGGAAGCUAUACGAUUAUCCAUUGGGCCUUUAUGGAUAUCGACACCUCCAACUGGACUCCCAAGAUUAGAGACGAUUACAAUCAAUGGGAACAGUUCAAGGGCUUGCAUGGCGUCAAACGUGUAAUUUCGUUUGGUGGCUGGAGCUUUUCGACCGAGCCUGGAACAUAUAACAUCCUUCGUCAAGCAAUGAGACCCGAAAAUCGUAACGUCUUCGCCAAGAACAUCGCCAAAUUCCUGCGCGAUCACAGUCUGGACGGCGUUGACUUUGAUUGGGAGUAUCCUGGUGCGAUGGAUAUUGAAGGCACGCCACAAGGAUCCUCGAGCGACGGCCCCAACUACCUGAAGUUUUUGACCGUCAUGAACAGCAACCUGGACGGCGGGCCACGUGGCAAGACGAUCUCGUUUGCCGCCCCAGCAUCGUUCUGGUAUCUCAAGGCUUUCCCCCUGAAGAAAAUGGCCGAGAUUGUGGACUAUAUCGUGUACAUGACAUACGAUCUCCACGUUACCAAAGCUGGCGUUGCUUCCAAUAAGAUAUAUGUUGGAGAGGCAAGCUACGGUCGAUCCUUUAAGAUGUCCAAGGAGGGCUGCACCGGCCCCAUGUGCACAUUUGAGGGCGACAGGUAUAGCUCUGAAGCAGCGCCUGGAUUGUGCACCGACACGCCUGGUUAUAUAUCGAACGCGGAGAUUAACAUCAUCGAACUUCAUACUGAUAACGUUCAGAGGUGGCACGAUGGCUCGUCUAAUUCGGACAUGAUCGUUUAUGACGACACCGAAUGGGUCGCAUACAUGACUGACGUCACAAAGGAUACUCGGAGGACGCACUGGAAGAAUCAUCAAUUCGCGGGCACCAUAGACUGGGCCGUUGACCUUCAAAGCUUCACCGAUGAUGACUAUGAUGCCAACGCUGACGGCAGCGAUUUCGAUGAAUUCGACGGGCCGACUACGCAUCCGUCGUCAUGCGAUGCCUCGUACGAUACAUUAGAGGCAAUCGAGAAAGACAGAGACAAGAUGGAAGCUCAUUGUCAUGAUGAGUAUAUUUUGCAUGUUCUGCAAAAGAUCUUGAAAGACUCUCUCAACACGCACGAUACACUCCUGGCCCACAACUACAACCAUUACUUCGACCGCUAUGCGACUUCAGUGGCUGACCAAGCCGAGAAAUCUGUAUCAGGCUUCAUGUUCGAUCACGGAAAUGACUACUUUUCGUGUAUUGUCACCGAGAGAAAACACGAGAUCAGGCAUAAGAACAUCUCGAUGCCAUGCCCACCAGAUAACUCGAAGCGUUCCAGAGGCAAAACUGCCAGCGGCUAUUUUGAUCAGUCUACCUACUGGACUAUGCGCGACGGGAAAGAGACAGAUUUCUACAAAAAGUUGUAUGAAAGUACCGGUAUUGAUCAAUCUCACAUACAGUGGACAAACUUUUAUAAAGGAAUUCUCGAUACUCCUCACGAGCGGGUCGAAUAUAACUUUCCAAUAGUGAAGAACUUUGGCGCGAAAGAUGUGCAAAAUCCAAAGGAUAUCAUCGACACGGGUCGCAGAAACCUCGACCGCCUGGGCCCUGACAUUGCCUCGGCUCUCACCCAGAUUAAAGAUCGCACUUUCGGAGGGUUCACUUCCGAUCUGGUUGAUGCGAUCACGAUGCCCAUCGUUUUAGUCGAGCAAGCCGUGGCCAGCAUGAAAACCGUCAACGAUAUUGGCGAAAAAAUGGAUGCGGAAAAGCGCAAGGCCAUCAUCAUUGGCUUUAUAUCCGCCCUUCUCUUCUUCAUUCCGAUUGCUGGAGAGAUCAUGGCGUCGGUUGCGACCAUGGCAACCAUUGGCCGCAUCAUAGCCAUGCUCGGCGCCGUAGGAAGCGUGGCCAUGGAUAUAUACUCUGUUGUCGAUUCGAAAGGAAAAGAUCCUUUGAGCAUUCUCGGUCUCGUCCUGGCACCGGCUGCCAUAUUCGACGCGGCACGGGUCGGCAAGGCAGCGGCCCUCCGUCGCGGUGCGAAGGAGGCCGACGUCGCAAAGUUGGGCAAGGGAACUAAAUCGAGGCUCGACACCAUCGACCGCAUCAAGGGCAGGGCGACUUGUCGGUUGAAGAAACGUGAUGAGCUGGACGAAGUUCAGCUCUUUGCCAUGCCGAUGAGCAGUCUUGCCGAUCAGCCGGUCAUGAGUGGGAUUGAGAUGUAA